AUGGGUCGGCACAGCCGCUCCCGCUCGCGCUCGCCCGGGCGCCGGGGCCAUGGACGACGGCGGGAACGCGGGGCGCACGAUCGGCGGGGGAGCCGGGAGCGCAGGUCUGGCUCCGAGGACGGGCGCCGGCAUCGGCGCAGCCGGAGCCCCCGGCCCCACAGGCGGCGGUCGCGCUCGGGCUCGCGGGAGGCGCGGCGGGCGCGGCGCUCCUGGUCCGGGGGCUCGUCCUCGGGCAGCCGCACGCACAGCCCCACCGAGGCCGAGGAGGCGCUGAGCCGGCAGCAGAGGCUGCAGGAGCGGCUGCGGCUGCGGCAGGAGCGCAAGCAGCAGGAGGAGCUGCUCAAGGCCUUCGAGACGCCCGAGGAGAAGCGCGCACGCCGGCUGGCCAAGAAGGAGGCCAAGGAGCGCAAGAAGCGGGAGAAGAUGGGCUGGGGCGAGGAGUACCUGGGCUACACCAACACCGACAACCCCUUCGGGGACAACAACCUGCUGGGCACCUUCAUCUGGAACAAGGCGCUGGAGAAGAAAGGGAUCAGCCACCUGGAGGAGAAGGAGCUGAAGGAGCGCAACAAGCGCAUCCAGGAGGACAACCGGCUGGAGCUGCAGAAGGUGAAGCAGCUCCGGCUGGAGCGCGAGCGGGAGAAGGCCAUGCGGGAGCAGGAGCUGGAGCUGCUGCAGCGGGAGAAGGAGGCCGAGCACUUCAAGACGUGGGAGGAGCAGGAGGACAACUUCCACCUGCAGCAGGCCAAGCUGCGGUCCAAGAUCCGCAUCCGGGACGGGCGGGCCAAGCCCAUCGACCUGCUGGCCAAGUACAUCAGCGCCGAGGACGACGACCUGGCCGUGGAGAUGCACGAGCCCUACACCUUCCUCAACGGCCUCACCGUGGCCGACAUGGAGGACCUGCUGGAGGACAUCCAGGUCUACAUGGAGCUGGAGCAGGGCAAGAAUGCCGACUUCUGGCGGGACAUGACAAUCAUCACCGAGGACGAGACGGCCAAGCUGCGGAAGCUGGAGGCCUCGGGCAAGGGCCCAGGCGAGCGCCGCGAGGGGGUCAACGCCUCCGUCAGCUCGGACGUGCAGUCGGUGUUCAAGGGCAAGACGUACAGCCAGCUGCAGGUCAUCUUCCAGGGCAUCGAGGGCAAGAUCCGGGCGGGCGGCCCCAACCUGGACAUGGGCUACUGGGAGAGCCUGCUGCAGCAGCUGCGCGCACACAUGGCCCGGGCCAGGCUCCGUGAGCGCCACCAGGACGUGCUGCGCCAGAAGCUGUACAAGCUGAAGCAGGAGCAGGGCGUGGAGAGCCAGCCGCUGUUCCCCAUCAUCAAGACUGAACCCCACUCCCCCAGCCACAGCCUGCAGCCCGAGCCACCGGCCCCCAGCCCCCCGGGACCCUCGGGCACCGACGGGCCCCCGACCGAGCCCGAGGCUGAGGACGCGGCGCCCCCGGCCGAGGGCGAGGGCGACGGCGAGGGCGACGGGGAGGCGGUGCUCAUGGAGGAGGACCUGAUCCAGCAGAGCCUGGACGACUACGACGCCGGCAAGUACAGCCCGCGGCUGCUGUCGGCGCACGAGCUGCCGCUGGACGCGCACGUGCUGGAGCCCGACGAGGACCUGCAGCGCCUGCAGCUGUCCCGCCAGCAGCUGCAGGUCACGGGCGACGCGAGCGAGAGCGCCGAGGACAUCUUCUUCCGGCGCGCGCGCGAGGGCAUGGGGCAGGACGAGGCGCAGUUCAGCGUGGAGAUGCCGCUGAGCGGCCGCGCCUACCUGUGGGCCGACAAGUACCGGCCGCGCAAGCCGCGCUUCUUCAACCGCGUGCACACGGGCUUCGAGUGGAACAAGUACAACCAGACGCACUACGACUUCGACAACCCGCCGCCCAAGAUCGUGCAGGGCUACAAGUUCAACAUCUUCUACCCCGACCUCAUCGACAAGCGCGCCACGCCCGAGUACUUCCUGGAGGCGUGCGCCGACAACCGCGACUUCGCCGUGCUGCGCUUCCACGCGGGGCCGCCCUACGAGGACAUCGCCUUCAAGAUCGUCAACCGUGAGUGGGAGUACUCGCACCGCCACGGCUUCCGCUGCCAGUUCGCCAACGGCAUCUUCCAGCUCUGGUUCCAUUUCAAGCGUUACCGCUACCGCCGCUGAGCUGGGGGACACCGGGCACCCCGGGACUGCCGGGCCGUCCCAGGGGCACCCCGGGACUGCCGGGCCGUCCCAGGG